GGUCAAUAGCAGUUGGCUGCACUUUAUUGUUUAAGAGUUUUCAUUCGUAAUAUUUGAGAUUAUAGUAUGGCAAAGGUUGCUACUCGUGGUACUUUACCUUCUAAUUCUCAUCAAAUUGGUGGAGGUUCCCUCAAGAUGGGCUCAACAGUGAAAAGGAAGACUCCAUCAGAGCUUAGAGGAGAACAGUUGAAGAGGGUAAACGUGAUAGAGCUUGUAGAUGAAUCUCCUGCUCCUUUACUUGGUUCUACAAGUAAUACUAGUGAAGUGGGUAAUGGGCUUAAGAAACCAGAUCUAUUGCGAAAUCCAAGAUACAUUGACACACGAAUGGAUGAAGUAUAUCCAGCCAAAAAGUCCAGGUUUAGGAUACUUUCUAAAAAAGAAAAUGAUAAGGAUAAUAGUUUGACUGAGCAGCCUAGCAGCUUGAAGAAUCUUUCCACGCUUUCAAAUAUUGCUGCCAAAAGAAGAGACCAGCUUUCAUGUUCUGUUCCUUCUGGAGGUUCAAAUGAUGGUGAGGUGCAAGCUCGUCAAACAAUUGAAAAGUGUAGUCAAAGUAUGUUUCGUAGUGUUACUGAACUUUCAUUGGGUGGUGAAAGAUUAUCCAACUUGGCUACUGUUGACAUGGAUAAAGCAUUAAAAGGCUUGGUUGCUCAUGAACCUAUUUCUGACUUUCCUGAUGAUUCUUCUGGGAGAUUUGCUGGUCGUUUGCCUUAUUCGGGCGAUUUUCGCUCUGAAUGCCAUAUUCUUGGCCGGAAGGCUCCCCUGGAUUUUACAUUGAAAACUUAUAUGAGAGUCGUUUCAUCUUCAUCUGUACAUUUGAUUCAUAGGUCAAUGAUGUGUGGUGUCUACAAUGGUUUGCCACAGUUUACAUCCCAUUCUGUUGGUUCUGAGGAUAGAAGCAGCAUGGGGAUAACGUUGUCUUCCCAAAUCUUAAGUUCUAAGGCCUUGCAUUCAUGGGUCUACCCUCAGUCUUCACUACCACCUUCUCUUAUAUCUGUAUUGACCUCAUCAGCUAAAGAGGGAGUGGAAAUGGAUUUCUUAAGAAAACGACAGUUGGCAUGGGAAGACUCAUUUCGAAGUCUGUACUACAUGUUUCGGAAGAAUGCUUGCAGUAUCUUUUAUGUGUGUACUUCACAUUUUGUGGUGAUGUUCAUUGGUUCUGAUGGCUUCGGGAUAAAGAAGCACUUGUGUAAUGCGUAUAUAUCCCAAUCGACUAGAGGCUUGAGGUCAUUGCUGAAAGAGCAUGAUGUUUCUUUCACCAUGCCUCUUUGCAAAUCUAAGGUUGAACAAGUCACUACAGAAGAUCUGGUCGAGCUCUCAGAAAUUGAGAAGCAUAAUUUGGGCCAGGCUCGACGAUCAAGUUCUUUGCCUGACAUUGAUAAUACUCCCCAAUCGUUGUUGGCUUUCAACGACAACAAGAACGUGCAUGCUUUAUAUGAUUUUUUAUUAAAUUAUAGAUCUUUCUUGACACUUUUGACUGCUGUGGAUGUUCCUGUAUUAUAUUCACCCGAGCCAUUCCAGAAUGCUGCUCUUUCAGCACCAGAGAUUAGCUGCACGGAGAUUAAAAGAUCUGACAGUAUUGCUGCUAAAAGAUCCGUCACAAAGGAUGAUGAAGCCCUGCAAAGAUCUCCUGGUUUCUGCUGUAGCAUAGAAAUUAAGGAUACAUAUCUUCCACCGUGGAUAAUCUGCAACAUAUUUUCACUCAUGAGCUCUGAAGGGAAGAAUUUCGAGGCCAGCUUUACGACUGAGCGUACCUCAGUUGGCUUGAAUGUUGCACUUGUGGCAGCUUGCGAGAAAUCUGAUGCUGAAACCACAGAAGGCGAAAGCUUGCCACCAACCGACCCUGUUUUUGGUAUUUCUGAAGCUAUUGUUUCUCCUUACUUGCGAUCAGGUUAUUUAAAAAGCUUGGAACACUCCGGUGGUUCUUAUACAGCUUCUUUAUCUCCUGUAUGAUAUACUGUUCUAUUUUUAGCACAGAUACGACAGUCGGAAAUUAUGUUCAUUGAACGGUUUCAAUUAAUUUGAUCCUUUUUUAUCUCCUGGCUACUCAAACUGUCCCAAAUUGACUCAUUUAGCUUGUAAUCAAGAAUAGUCUAAGCUCGCUUGUUUAUUUUUA